UUUAAUUUCGCGGCUUGCAGUGCGCAGUACUUUCGCGUGUUUAAAUACAUAGAAGUGUUGGAGAGUGUUGAUAUAUAUUUUUUUUUAAUAAAAAAGCUAAUUGAGAAUUUGACAAAAUGUUGCAACAACUUCAAAGAAACACUCAUUCGCUGAGAGCUGUCCUCUUCGUGGCCUUCAGCUUGCUUUCACUGAUCAGCGGAACAAUGGUUGCUGGCGGUAGCAUACCGUCGACACACAAAAAUACAGCGCAACAACAAACACACAUGCAACAACAACAUUCGCUGCAACAACAACAUUCGCUGCAGCAACAGCAACAACCAUCGGUAGAACUACAACACAACUUGAAUCAACAGAAUACGAAUCAACAGCAUACCAACGCACAACUGAGGCCACACGAACAACCGGAACAAAUGUUGUCAACACUAUCACAGUUAUCGACAAUAACCGCAAGUGACAGCAACAAUGCAGUCAAUCAUGAGUACAUUAUAAAGGAUGUCGGCGUGGAUGAAGAACUCAGCGAUCCAUAUCAAUAUUUAAGUGACUUAAAGGUGGAACCACGUCUGACGGUUGGUAAUAGCAUGCCAUGGAAUCCAUAUUUGACCAGCAAUCAACCAUUCACCCAAAUGCCGACAAUGUUGACCAAUUUGCCUUACAACCCUUACGGUGCGAUCGGUGGUGGUGCACUACCACCAUUGGUGACACCACGACUGAUGCCGUUCUUCGGCUACCCACAGCCAGUUUUCAUACCAUUUCCAAUGUAUUUCGCGCCGACCGACUUACUCUACCCAGGUUACAGCAGCGCUGCUGUGAGUGAUGUGGAUGAACCAAUGCCACGUGCAGCAAGUGAUCACAGAACACCAACUACGCAUUUUGACACCACACCGACAACUGGCUCCAAUGUGCCCACCGCUCGCAAUUCACAAAUUUACUUUAUGCGUUUCGCGCCCAUGCCUUACAUGUUUAUGCCGGGCUUGGGAUUUACCACGCCCCAACCAUACCCGAUGCCUGCGAUUAGUCCGAUUCUAAAUAUGCCGCUGAAUUUCGUGGCGAAUGGUAAACCCACAAGUAUUUAUCAGAUGGGUGGCACGCCAAACGAUUUUCAGAAUUCCAUUCACUUCAAUAACAUUAAUACGUUCGGCAUGCGUCCAUUGUUAGCUGGCGCUCAUAGACCGACGGCCGCGAACAUUGCAAGCAGUUAUUCAUCACCAGGAGCUUUUGGCUCAUCAACACCUUCUCAGUCUGCUCUGCAGUCGGUUCAACAGGACUCGAAAAUGACACUACUAAAGCGUCCGUUCCUUUUCAACGGACGUCCGGAUGAGAUCUACACAUUGCCGAACAACUUUAAUCCAUUCUACUCGAAUUCGGCAUAUUACUAGGUGAUCGUGCGUUAAAGGCAGAAUUGGAACUGAUUUUUUAAAGUAUUAUGUGUGAAUUUAGAGAAACUAAAAGACUAUAUUUUAAUAAAAAUUAAGAAGUAUU